CCCUCUCCAAGCACAAACCGGACUCGACUUCUUCUCCUCUUCCGGCGCCGGGACACUCGGGACAGGCAACCCAAUCCAUCCCCAGCUCGUCGAGCGAGAGAGCAGCGGCGCCGCACGUAGUGCGCAUCCGGUCCGGAAGCACCCAGCCCAGCCGAAAGACGGCACGAUAUAGCACAGUCGAUAGCUCGAUCGCCGGCGCGUUCCUUUUUGUUCCGGAAUAGAUUCGACCCCCUUCCCAUUCUUGCGGUCGGUCGUGGAGGUUCGCCCAUUUUUAGCGCGACCGUUGCUGGCCCGAGAGCUUUUGUUGGAGCGAGCCCGCCCGGCGCCAGAGCCCCCCGCGACGGUCCUUGUGCGUCUGCCCGCUCGCGCGAACCGAGGAGGAGGGGCGGAGGGAGCGAUGGCCGGGAGCAUGCAGGCGGCGGACGCGGCGGGGCGGAUCAGCGCGCUGCUGUCGCUGCUCGCGCUGCGCCGGAUCCUCGCCGUGCUCCAGCCCUUGCUCCUGCUCCUGCUCCUGCCCUUCCGCUGGCGGGCGGCGCGCCAGGGGGACGCCGCCGCGGCCGACGCCGUCGUCUCGGCCUCCGCCUCCUCCGGGAAGAAGGCCAAGGCCGCCGUCGUGCUGCGGGUGCCCGCCGUCUGCUCCCGGAGGCAGGCCCUCGCCCGCCGCGAGGCCGCCAUGCGCCGCGCCAGGGAGGCCGGCCGGGACUACGAGCUCGUCCCCACCGCCCGCGGCGAGACGCUCUUCACGCAGUCCUGGUGGCCGCACGCCUCCUCCUCCGUCAAGCCCAGGGCGCUUGUUCUUGUCAUGCACGGGUUGAACGAGCACAGUGGGAGGUAUGAUCAUCUGGCCAAACGGUUGAACGCCAUGGAUGUCAAGGUUUAUGGCAUGGACUGGACUGGCCAUGGUGGAAGUGAUGGUCUCCAUGGGUACGUCCAAUCUCUCGAUCUUGCUGUGCAGGACAUGAAAAUGUAUCUGAAGAAGAUCUCAGCCGAGAACCCUGGCGUCCCAUGCUUCUGCUUUGGGCACUCCACCGGUGGAGGCAUCAUCCUCAAGGCUGUGCUUGAUCCGGAGGUCGAUGCUCUUGUCAAUGGCAUCAUCCUCACAUCGCCGGCUGUCCGUGUACAACCCGCGCAUCCUGUCGUCGCGGCGCUUGCCCCGGUUUUCGCCCUGAUCGCGCCUCGGUACCAGUUCACGGGGUCGAGCAAGAACGGGCCGGCGGUGUCGCGCGACCCGGAGGCGCUGAGGGUCAAGUACUCGGACCCGCUGGUGUUCACGGGGUCCAUCCGGGUGCGCACCGGCUACGAGAUCCUCCGGCUCACGGCCUACCUGCAGCAGCACCUGCGCAGGGUCACGGUGCCGCUGCUGGUGCUGCACGGCGCCGACGACAUGGUGACCGACCCGGAGGGCUCGCGGAGGCUGCACCGGGAGGCCUCCACCCCGGACAAGGACAUCCGGCUCUACGACGGCCUGCUGCACGACCUGCUCAUCGAGCCCGAGAAGGAGGUGGUGCUGGGCGACAUCGUCGACUGGCUGACCCCGAGGAUUUGAUCAGGCGGGUCGCCGCGCCGGCCGGCCGGUCCGUGGGCUGAGGCAGGCGGGUUGGACCACAUCGCCGAGCUCGUCGGGGACGGGAGAAACCUCCCGUCCCUGCCGGUGAUGACGCGGUCGGUCCGACCGCCUGCGCCCCAAGCGAGGACGGCGAGGAUGAUGAUGAUCUUCUUCAUCCUCCCUCCCGGCGGAGGAGGCAGUUUUGCGAGCGCGGGAAGCUGCAUUAUUAGUAACUAGCACUACAACUAGUACGUGUGGUGCGGUACGGGGUGACGACUGGUGGUGGCCGAGAUUGCUCUGCUCCCAGUGUGCGUGUCCCCGAGCUAUGUUUUUGACCCAUAUUUUUGUCCGGUAGGGGUAAACAAACGUUCGUUCCUUUGGAGUCGCCCGGUGUGGCGCUCAAUAAUGUAGACGCAUUCCUCCCCUCUUUGCAGGGGUCGUUUUUCUGCGUCUCGAAAGAUUCUCAAUCAGAAUCUGCGGCAGAAUUGAUUUGAUGGACUUCCUUGAAGGAAAUAUCCUUGU